AUGAUCGAUUGUAUUCCCGAAUCAGGCUAUUUCGAUAGUCCCGAUUUUCUAGCUAAUACUAUGCACGUUUUUACAGUGAUCGCUACACCAAUUCAUAUUUUUGCUUUUUAUUGUGUUCUCGCAAAAACUGAAGACCAAAUGAAAUCAGUUAAAAUGUACCUACUCAACUUACAUUCGUCUAUAGUAUUGUUCGAUUAUUCACUAAAUUUUUUAUCAUGCCCAUUUAUUUUGAUACCGGAAUUAGCUGGCUAUCCACUUGGAAUUUUUAAAUACUUCAAUGCUCCUGUAGAAUAUUACGUUGUGGAAGUGGGCAUCGCAGGUGCUUGCAUGAUAAUAUCAGUAGUCUCGAUAUUUGAAAACCGAUUUUAUGUGAUUUGCACUUUUUCGUGGAGGGAUCAUUGGACCAUUGUGCGACGUCCUUGGCUUUUGCUGCAUUACAUUGAGAUCUUUGUCUUUAUGUUCUCAUUAACACUGAUUGUUCCGGACCAGAAAAUUGGUUUGGAACUUGUUUUUGAGAACUUGCCAUGUCUUCCAAAAGACAUUUAUGAGGCUCCGGUAUUCGUGCUAGCCAGUGAUUAUACAUAUCAAUUGAUUGCUGCGGUAUUUAUAAUAUCUCAGCUCUGCUUUGAAAUUGGAUUUUUCGUUACAUAUUUGGUGUGGAACAGCUACAAGCAGUUGAAGGACAUGAAAAUCUCGAAGCAAACUUUCGAGCUUCAAAGAAAAUUCUUCAUCGCUCUAGUUAUCCAAUUAGUUGUUCCAUCAGCAUUUUUCGUCAUUCCAGUUGCCUAUAUGUUGGCCUCAUUUUCCUUGUAUUAUUAUAACCAGGCAUUCACAAAUGUUGCGUUUAUCGUUGUAUCUAUUCAUGGAGUUUCUUCAACAUUAGCAAUGAUUUUUCUCCAUCGACCCUAUCGGCGUGCAAUUUUUAAAAUGAUCUACAAAAGAGGCUCAUAUCCUUCCACAGUCUCUAAAAUACGCUCUACAACUGGAAUAACAGUUAUUUAA